AUGGAGGGAGGAGACGUGAUGGACAAACUGGAGGACAUGUCUUCGGUGUACGACUUCGACCCGAUCACCGGAAACAUCCCCGCCACCAAGGUGGAGAUCACGGUCUCCUGCAGGUGAGGCUUGCGCUCCCGGCUUUUCUCAAGUUCUGAUCCAUUGUGUAUCAUCACCUUCUACGGUUCUAACGGCAUGCAAUGGAGAUGUUUUGGCAGAACGGAGGUGAUAGACAACACUCUGAACCCCGACUUUGUUAGAAAGUACAUCUUGGACUACUUUUUUGAGGAGAAGCAGAACCUCCGCUUUGACUUGUACGAUGUGGACUCUAAAAGCCCGGACCUGUCCAAGCAUCCCGCAGAACUCAAUGACUUUUUGGGUCAGAUGUUCUGUACGCUCGGGGAGAUAGUUGGAUCACCAGCCAGUCGACUGGAGAAACCACUGGGUGGGAUCCCUGGGAAGAAAUGUGGCACAAUCAUCCUGACUGCAGAAGAACUCAGCAACUGUCGAGACAGUGCCACUAUGCAGUUCUGUGCCAACAAGCUGGACAAAAAGGACUUUUUUGGCAAGUCUGACCCUUUCAUGGUUUUCUACAGAAGCAACGAGGAUGGAACGUUUACUAUCUGCCAUAAAACAGAGGUGGUGAAGAAUACAUUAAAUCCAGUGUGGCAGCCUUUUACUAUCCCAGUGCGAGCACUGUGUAAUGGAGACUACGACAGAACAAUUAAGGUGGAGGUGUAUGACUGGGAUCGGGACGGCAGCCACGACUUCAUUGGGGAUUUCACGACCAGCUACCGAGAGCUAGCUCGAGGGCAGAGUCAGUUCAAUGUGUACGAGGUGAUUAAUACAAAAAAGAAAAUGAAGAAAAAGAAAUAUGUCAACUCGGGAACGGUGACCCUGCUCUCAUUCUCUGUUGAGUCAGAAUUCACCUUCUUAGAUUACAUCAAAGGAGGUACGCAGAUCAAUUUCACCGUGGCCAUCGAUUUCACAGCAUCUAAUGGUAAUCCCUCCCAGUCCACUUCACUGCACUAUAUGAACCCGUACCAGCUGAACGCCUACGCCAUGGCCCUGAAGGCUGUGGGCGAGAUCAUUCAAGACUACGACAGCGACAAGAUGUUUCCAGCUUUAGGCUUCGGAGCCAAACUUCCUCCAGAUGGACGAGUGUCCCACGAGUUCCCACUGAAUGGAAACAUGGAAAAUCCUUAUUGUAAUGGCAUUGAAGGCAUCUUAGAGGCGUACCAUCAAAGUCUGAAGACAGUACAGUUAUACGGGCCAACCAACUUCGCUCCUAUAGUGAACCACGUUGCCAGAUAUGCAGCAGCAGUGCAGGAUGGCUCCCAGUACUUCAUCCUCCUCAUCAUCACUGACGGCGUCAUUUCAGACAUGGCCCAGACCAAAGAAGCUAUUGUUAAUGCUGCCAAGCUUCCAAUGUCCAUCAUCAUUGUUGGAGUGGGUCAGGCUGAGUUUGAUGCUAUGGUGGAACUGGACGGUGAUGACAUCAGGAUCUCAUCCCGAGGGAAACUGGCAGAGAGAGAUAUUGUUCAGUUUGUUCCUUUCAGAGAUUACAUGGACCGAACGGGUAACCAUGUGUUGAGCAUGGCGCGGCUUGCCAAAGACGUGCUUGCAGAAAUUCCCGACCAGUUUAUCUCCUACAUGAAGAGCCGAGGAAUCAAACCCAACCCCGCACCGCCUCCCUACACACCGCCUGGACAUACACACCACCACACACAGAUCUGA